AGGAAACGGGUGGCUUGGGUCCAAGAGGGAGGAACUAGUGAAUACCUUGUUGUACCUCUGAAUUUUGAGUCACGUGAAUGUACUUCCCGUUAAAAACAUAAACAAACCAGAAAAUAUGCAUAACAAACAUAUUUCUACUGACUUCAUUGGUUUUACUAGGCUCAUAGUACUCAAUGCCAUGGUGGCGCCUGAGUUUAUUUUACAUUCCCUUGUUAUUUUUAUUGUCUGAUAGUUAUUUGUUUACCUUCUUCUCCCCGAGGGAAGGAUUUUAUCAUCGAUUUUUCAGCUUAGUGUGUUUCAGCAAGCACUGAUUGACACCCACAAGAACUGACAGUGUCCACAAUCCAGGGGAAACAAAAGUGAGCGAGUUGUGCUGGAAAUGCCCUUGCUUACGAAGAGCUCACAGUAGUGGGGGAUACAGACAGACAAACAAAGGAUCACAAUGCAGUAUUAAGGGUGCAAUAAUAGAAGUAUGCACAAAGAGGAAAGUGCAAUAGUGGAGAGGAAAGCUGAUUGCUUCCGGUGGGAUGGGAGAGGUGGAAUUACCAGGGAAGACUUCACGGAAAAGCUGGAGUCUAAUCAGGGUUUAGAAGGGUGCAUAGAAUUUUUCAAGGAGCGAACUCUUCGGGUGGACAGCAUGGUGGGUUCUGGGGAGGGCUCCAGUCCAAAGUGGAGGCGCAGGAGAUGAGGCUGGGGUGCAGAGGCAUGAGGUGGAAGAAGAGCAGGUCAGGUCAGCAAGGGCUUUGAAUAGCAAGACGCUUGGAUUUUUAUUCCGCAGGCAACAGGGACGCCAGAGGCUUUUAAGGUCGAAAGGAACGAGUCCCAGAGCCUGGCACAGGGAGGAAGGCGCGAAACGUCUUUGGGCGAGAUGGGUACCUACCGCGUCCGCGUGUCCACCGGGGCCUCGCUCUUCGCGGGCUCCAACAACCAGGUGCAGCUGUGGCUGGUGGGACAGCGCGGGGAGGCGGCGCUCAGCACACGUCUGUGGCCCGCGCGGGGCACGGAGGCGGAAUUCAAGCAGGACGUGCCGGAGUACCUGGGGCCUCUGCUGUUCGUGAAACUGCGCAAACGGCACCUCCUUCAGGAUGACGCCUGGUUCUGCAACUGGAUCUCCGUGCAGGGCCCCGGGGCCAGUGGGGACGAGUUCAGGUUCCCUUGUUACCGCUGGGUGGAGGGCGACGGCGUCCUGAGCGUACCGGAGGGCACUGGCCGCACAGUGGUGGACGACCCUCAAGGUCUGUUCAAGAAACACAGGGAAGAGGAGCUGGAAAAGAGAAGGAAGCUGUACCGGUGGGGUAACUGGAAGGAGGGGUUAAUCCGGAAUGUGGUUGUGGCCAAAAUAAAUGACCUCCCUGUAGAUGAGCGAUUUCUGGAGGACAAGAGAAUUGAGUUUGAGGCUUCACUGGCUAAAGGGCUGGCAGAUCUCGCUCUCAAAGACGUUUCAAAUAUUCUGACUUAUUGGAAUGAUCUGGAUGACUUCAACCGGAUUUUCUGGUGUGGCCAGAGCAAGCUGGCUGAGCGGGUGCAGGACUCCUGGAAGGAGGAUGCCUUAUUUGGAUACCAGUUUCUCAAUGGUGCCAACCCCAUGCUGCUGAGGCGCUCCGUUCACCUUCCUGCCCGCCUAGUGUUCCCUCCAGGGAUGGAGGAACUGCAGGCCCAGCUGGAGAAGGAGCUCAAGGGAGGCACGCUGUUUGAAGCUGACUACUCCCUGCUGGAUGGGAUCCAGGCCAAUGUCAUCCUGUGUAGCCAGCAGCACCUGGCUGCCCCUUUGGUCAUGCUGAAACUGCAGCCUGAUGGGAAACUCUUGCCCAUGGUCAUCCAGCUCCAACUUCCAAGUGUGGGAUCCCCCCCACCUCCACUUUUCCUGCCUACGGAUCCCCCAAUGGUCUGGCUCCUGGCCAAAUGCUGGGUCCGUAGCUCUGAUUUCCAGCUUCAUCAGCUGCAGUUUCAUUUCCUGAGGGGACACUUGAUGGCUGAGGUCAUUGCUGUGGCCACCAUGAGGUGUCUUCCAUCGAUACAUCCUAUCUUCAAGCUUAUAAUCCCCCACCUGCGAUACACUAUGGAAAUUAAUGUCCGGGCCAGGACUGGGCUGGUCUCUGACAUGGGAGUUUUCGACCAGGUGGUGAGCACAGGUGGGGGAGGCCAUGUGGAGCUGCUCAAGCAAGCUGGAGCCUUUCUAACCUACAGCUCAUUCUGUCCCCCUGAUGAUUUGGCUGACCGGGGGCUCCUGGGAGUCAAGUCUUCCUUCUAUGCCCAAGAUGCACUGCAGCUCUGGGAAAUCAUCUCUCGGUAUGUGGAGGGAAUUGUGAAUCUACACUAUAAGACAGACGUAGAUGUAACAGAUGACCUUGAGCUGCAGAACUGGUGUCGAGAGAUCACUGAAAUUGGGCUGCUAGGGGCCCAGGAUCGAGGGUUUCCUGACUCUUUACACUCUCGGAACCAGGUUUGUCACUUUGUCACCAUGUGCGUCUUCACCUGCACUGGUCAACACUCCUCCACCCACCUAGGCCAGCUGGACUGGUUCACUUGGGUCCCUAAUGCACCCUGCACAAUGCGGCUGCCCCCGCCGACCACCAAGGAUGCAACGCUGGAGACAGUGAUGGCAACACUGCCCAACUUUCAUCAGGCUUCUCUACAGAUGUCCAUCAUUUGGCAGCUGGGCAGACGCCAGGUCAUUAUGGUGGCUUUGGGCCAGCAUGAGGAGGAGUAUUUUUCAGGCCCUGGGCCUGAGUCUGUACUGAGGAAGUUCAGGGAGGAGCUGGCUGCCCUGGAUAAGGAAAUUGAGACCCGGAAUGCCAAGCUGGACAUACCCUACGAGUACCUGCGGCCCAGCCUGGUGGAAAACAGUGUGGCCAUAUGACCGUCCAGUCUUUGCAUGUUUCAGCUCCUCCACCCAAGCCACAACCCCAUUCCUUCAUGGUUUCAGCCCUGCCCCCCCAAAUCCCACCCUCUUCCCAUGUCCCAACUCCCUAAAGAGGCGCUUUUUUGUUGUCUGUGCCCCCAGUGAACACAUGUUGUUGUAGAUGUGCUGAAAACAUGGGGCCUUGCUCCAUUCCUUCCUGUCUCCUUUUCUAUUUUCCUCCCUUGCUCUCUUCCCUCGUCAUUCAGAUCUCCCACAGGGCAAACAAUAGCCACAUUUGCAUCGAUUAUUUCAAGAAUAGAAUAGGGUGAUAAUGCAAUAUUACUCCACACUUUAAUGAACCAAAUGUGGUUUUGAGUCUAAAUUGAGUUUGACAACAACAAAAAGAUAUUUUAGACUAAUUAUAGAAAAGAACUAAGACUGAACUAUUUAAAUAAAAUAUUGGCAAAGGAAUAUAGAGCAUCAAAAAAAUAAUUUCUUUUCUCUUUCUAACUGGAUAGGAUUUAGCACAUGUCCUGAAGCCAGACACCCCACAAAG